AUGGACGCCACAAUGGAAAAUAAAAUGGGCCUACCACCACCUUACGAACAGACAAGACCUAACCCUGCACCGCCACCUUCAUAUUUUGGAGACAAUCCUCCCCCUCCACCUGGGUUUGCAGCCGUCCCGCCGCCUGCGGCCCCACGGACAACAGUUAUUACAACGCCUGCACCUGGACAUGGACAAGGAGCAACCCGUCAAGGGAAAAUGGGUCCGGGACCAACGGGUACCACCUGUAUGACGUGUAAUAAGACCGUUGUAACUACAGUCGAAUAUGUCCCUAAUAAUCGCACACAUAUCAUUUCAGCAGCGCUAUGUGUCUUAGCUGGAUGCUGUUGUGGCUGCUUCGUCCCUUACUGCAUGCGAUCAUGCAAAACUGCCAAUCACUAUUGCCCACAAUGCAAGGCUUUCAUCGGUUCCUACUCGCCAUCUUGA